AUGGCCAUCGACAUUAGAACACAGGGCUUGAAGAAGCCCGUCCCGGUGGCCCAAUACUUGUUUGCCAGAUUGUAUGAAAUCGGCAUCAGAUCAGUCCAUGGGUUACCAGGUGACUUCAACUUGGUGGCACUGGAUUACAUCCCCAAGGCCAAAUUGAAGUGGGUUGGCAGUGUCAAUGAGCUCAACGCUGCAUACGCCGCCGAUGGCUACGCCCGAGCGUUGGGCAUCUCAGCUCUUGUCACUACCUUCGGUGUAGGCGAGCUGUCCGCCAUGAACGGCGUUGCCGGUGCCUACUCUGAGCACGUGCCUGUCGUACACAUCGUCGGCUGCCCGUCAACCAUCUCUCAGCGGAAUGGCAUGCUGCUGCAUCACACUCUUGGAAAUGGCGACUUCAACGUCUUUGCCAACAUGGGCUCUCAAAUUGCCUGCAACACUGCCCGCUUGAACAACCCAGCCGAGAUCGCCGAACAGAUUGAUUUUGCCCUGCGUGAAUGCUGGAUUCACAGCCGCCCGGUAUACAUCAUGCUGCCCACUGAUAUGGUCGAGAAGCAAAUCGAGGGCGCGCGUCUUGACACUCCUAUUGACCUCUCGGACCCCCCGAAUGAGCCCGAGAGGGAGGACUACGUUGUGGAUGUUGUUCUGAGAUACCUGCACGCAGCGAAGAACCCCAUCAUUCUCGUCGAUGCAUGUGCUAUCCGGCAUCGAUGCUUAGAAGAGGUGCGGAAUCUGGUUGACAAGGCAAAGCUCCCUGUCUUUGUCACGCCGAUGGGCAAGGGCGCCGUCAACGAGUCUUCGCCUACAUACGGUGGUGUGUAUGCGGGUACGGGGUCUCAGCCUGCUGUGCAGGAACUGGUGGAAUCGGCGGAUCUGGUCUUGUCGAUUGGUGCUUUGAAGAGUGAUUUCAACACGACGGGUUUCUCGUACCGCACAUCUCAACUCAAUACCAUCGACUUCCACAGCGAUCACUGCAAGGUUAGGUACUCGGAGUAUCCUGGUGUUGCGAUGAAAGGAGUUCUUCGCAAGCUGAUUGAGCGUGUCGACACCACAAAGCUUUCUAGUGAGAAGCUUGCCCCGAAGGUGGUCAACGAGGUCUCUGAAAAUCGGGACAGCACCGAGACCAUUACGCAAGCCUGGUUUUGGCCUCGUGUGGGGGAAUACUUCAAGGAGAAGGAUCUGGUAGUCACCGAGACAGGCACAUCCAACUUUGGUAUUUGGGAGAGCAAGUUUCCUCCUGAUGUGGUUGGGAUCACGCAGAUCCUCUGGGGAAGCAUUGGCUGGUCUGUGGGUGCUGCUCAGGGAGUUGCACAGGCUGUUAAGGACAUGGGAGAAGACCGUCGCACAAUUCUGUUUGUUGGAGAUGGGUCGUUCCAGCUCACUGUCCAGGAGGUGUCAACCAUGAUCAAGCAUAAGCUGAGAGUCACAAUCUUCCUAAUCUACAACGAAGGGUUCACCAUUGAGCGGUGUAUCCACGGCAUGGAAGCUGAGUACAACGAUAUCAGGCGGUGGAACUACACUGAAAUUCCGACAGUGUUUGGCGCAACUGACAAGGAAGUUCGGAAGCACAUCAUCAAGACCAAGAGCGAGCUUGAAAAGUUGUUGGCGGACAAGGACUUCAACGAUGCAAAGGGCCUGCAGCUUGUCGAGCUGUGGAUGCCCAAGCACGAUGCGCCGCGAGCAUUGAAGCUUACAGCUGAGCAGUCAGCAAAGAACAAUGCCCGGAUGGAGUGA